CAAACAUAGACCCAUAUCUAACCUUCACUUCCUCUAUAAGAUCCUUCACAAAACAGUGUCCUCAGGGUUCUGGUCUUGGACCAGGUCUAUUCACCUUGUAUUUGCUUCCUUUAAGAAACAUUAUCAGGAAACUCUCCAUAAAUGUAAAAAUAAUGUAAUGAUUUCCCGCCAGGGAUUAAUAAAUGAUUCCAUUCCAACUUCCAUUGUUAUGCAGAUGAUACUCAACUAUACUUGAUGAAUCUGAUGAAGGUCUCUACUGGUUACAUUGAUGAAGGUGUUGACUCUCCUCAGAGCAGACUGAGGGUCAGAGGUCAGUGACAUCACUUCCUGUUUCUAUGACAGUAUGAAGUAACCUGCUGACCUCUGCAGCGUUCUGACAGUCUUUGAUUUGAACUGUACAGGACACAAAGCUGCUUCAGAGUAGCCUCAGUUUGACUGAAGGUGACAGGCUCUGUCCCCCCUCCCAUGGUAACAGGGGCCUCCCCCAGCAGGACAAUGCUCCCAACACACCACAGAAACCAAGGCCUCCAAACUCCCCAAAACCCAAUCUGAUCCAGGAUCUGUGGGAUGAUCCAGAACAAGACAGAUCCAUGGAGGCCCUCUGUCCUGAAACCCUCAGGACCCAAAGGAUCCACUGUCAAUGUCCUAGUUCCAGACCCCGCAGGACCCCCUCAGAGUUCCUAGUCCAUGUCCUGCCAUGCCCUGUGACAUCAGAAAGAUCUCCUCAGUAUUAGUGUAACAGCAGGUCUGUAGCUGCUUCACACUGAAGACUCUGAGUUCAGUUCUUGAAGUGAUCAUGUCCUCACUUUGUUUCUCCUUCGGUUCCUUGUUGCUUGUUUAAAGGUUUGGUAUCUAAGUCUUGAUAAAGACCUGAAUCAUUAGACGGUCUCUGGCAUCAGGAUCAAUAGAAAUGAUUGAUCCCAUCUCUGUGUUUAUUGGAGCAGCUGCUGAUGAAGGUGUUUCUCCAUGUUUCUGUUCAGGUAACAGGAGCAGGUAAAUGUCUGGACUGUGCUUGGUCGAUGAAGAAGGUCGACUGACGUCAUGGCGUCGUGUUUCCGUCCGGUCUGUGGUCAGCUGCUUUCUCAGGAUUUAAUCCAACUGUUCUCAUGUGUUUCUGUUUGUUUCUUCGGACAAAGGAACGAGUCUGAAACAGAGACUGAACCGAGGCUCAGUCGGUCUGUGUCUGAAUGAGACGUUCAGAGGUCGGUCUGUGGAGGGAAACCUCCACCUGCUGGUCCAGACCGACGACCGCCUCCUACAGGAAGCAGCUCAGGUUUGUCUGAACCGUCUGAGUUAGGAUGUGUCUGAGAAUCCUCUGAGGACGGAACAGAAACUGUUCACACCUUUUCAUUUAGAGAGAAUGAAAAGGUGUGAACACACACACACACACACACACACACACACACACACACACUGAUUUCACCAUGACGCAGCUCUUGUUGAAACUGAAAGUGAAACUAAAGUUUCCUCUGCGUCAGUCUGAGUCUGAGCUGAGGACACAGUCAGUCUGAUUCAUUCAGCUGCGGUCACAUCACAGACGAACGGAUCGAACGGGAUUUAACGGGAUGAAGAUGUUGCUGGUGUUCGUGAUCUUCCUGCACGUUUCCCAGCAUGCCUUGGGUAUAGAGGUGUAUGAGGGGGCGGAGUCAGUCCUGCUGCCCUGUCAGGUCAACGCCUCUGUCUCUGAGAAGUCCACAGCGGUGUGGAGCCGAGAAGACUUCAGAGACCCGAUUGUUCAUGCUCGUCAGCAGAGUGGAGACGUCCUCGGAGACCAGAACCAUCUUUACACCAACCGAACGUCGAUGAGGACGGACGCUCUGCAGACUGGAGACCUCAGCCUCACUCUGAGGAAACCCUCCAUCAGUGACAGUGGCAACUACACCUGCACCGUCCGGAGGUCUGGACAAGAUCUGAGCCGGACUCAAGUACAACUGAAUGUUAUCUUGUCAACUGCUGAACCUCCAGCCUGGCCCAAGGUCCUCGCAGCUGUCCUGGUUGUCCUGGUUGUCCUGAAUGUCCUGGCUGCAGCUGUCAUCGGUGUCCUCAUGUAUAAAAUGUAUAAAGGGAUGAAGGAAAGAAAAGCUUCUUACUUCUACUCUCUGAUGAGAGACAUGAUGACGACGGUGUCACAGUUCUUCUCCAACGUCACCGGUCAUGGCGUCAGUUCACAGCAAGGUAAGAGACGAUCGAGAAGAUCACCUGCUGAGACAGAAGAGUGAUGUCAGCUGUUACACCUCGCAGAGGUCGGAGCAGUGGACUCAGGUCAGAGCAGAGGUGGACUUCAGUGGAUUUAUCUGAAGUUUUUAAUGUCAUGUUGUUGUUGUGUCGACUACAGAACCGUAUCUAGUCAGACAGAAGGUCCACGCAGGUGUCCUGGUUCCUCUGGUUCCUGUGGUUCUCCUGU